AUGGCGGCUGCAGUGCCGAUGCUAGACGAUGUUAUCAAGGAAUACCUUGUAUUUCGUGGAUUCUCAAACACUUUGAAAAGCUUUGAGUCGGAUCUGAAAGCAGAUAAGGACAAAAGCUUUAGGGUGGACAAAAUUGUGGAUCAGUUGUAUCAGUACAUCUUAAGCUAUGACAUUACGGGCCUCAGAGACUACUGGGAGUAUUUAAAUGACAGAUUCUUCAAGAGGUUAGACUAUCAGCACAAUUCUAAUGUCAAAAAGCUGGAGAUGUGUCUUUUGCGGUUUUACAUUGUGCAUGCCAUUCAGAACUCCAAAAAUGACAAGGUUGUAGAGUUUUUCGAGAAGUAUACAGCAGAGCUACAGACACAAACAGAGUGGAGAGAAUGGUUUGCUAUUCCUUUCAUCAAGAAUCCUGAUCAGAAUGGAUUAUUUGAGAUGUACUUUCAGAGGGCAUGGCAGGAGACGUUUUUACUCUCACUUUACAACUUUCUGAUUACUUUGUUCCAUCACCUGCCUAUGCCAACACUUCUUAAGUAUGACGAGGAACAAGGAAAGUUGCACAGGUUGGAACAGGAAGUCCUGAAGCUUAAAGAGCAGGUAGUAUCACUGGCAGACGAAGGAGCAAACUUACAGCGUCAGAAAUUCAAACUAGAACAAGAGCUUUCAGAAAGCCGGAGGAGAGCUGCCACUGUUGAAGAGGAUGAUAUGGAAGAAUUUCAAGUUGUCCCAAGGCAACAAGCUCAGUCUGGUAAGUUUCUACCAACUUCUUCAUUGUCAAAAAAAAUUACCAAAAUGUUCAAGGAUAAGCAAGAGAAGAACAAAAAGGGAAAAGAUUUAAAAUCACAGCAGCUUCAAGAGGAUCAAGCACAAGUAAAACUUAAGAGGCAACAAAUAAUCAAACAGCAACAGCAGUUACAGCAAUUGCAUGAACAGCAAAAGCAGCUAUCACUCAUGGAGGAAGAGCAGCUUAAGUCAAGUGUAGUAGCUGCUUCAUUUGAAAAACCUCAAGGUCAGGAAGUUGAAGUUCAGACUGACUUGACGCGUGACGAGGAGGAUGCUAAGGCCUCAAAAUCUUAUUUGUCAAAAACUCUUAGCUUGGAAGCAUCUUCUGCUAAAGGCCAAGACGACAUAGACAAGUUUGGACGUGCUAUCCGCAGGAGUAAGACAUUGCCUGUAAAGCUGAAAGGAACUCAGUUGGAGUUUACAGACGACAAAUCAGAAGAUGCACUUUCUAAAACAGUUCAUUUUCAAGGGCCAGGUGACCACAAGUCCAAGCAUUUUAUUUUUCUUAGCCAGGAUGUCUACAAGGAACAUCACUCAGCGAUCGUACACUGCAGGUUUUCUUCCAGUGGAAGGAUGAUUGGAAGCGCUGAUGCUGAUGGGAUUGUCAAGGUUUGGACAAACCAUCCUGACAUCCACACCAGUAGCACCAUCAUGUGUAAAUCUCCCUUGCUGUCACUGGAGUGGGCUCCGAAACCGGACAGACUGCUCCUGUUAGGCACUGGAAAUGGGAAAGUUCGAUUUUUUGACACAGAAAAUAAAAAGACCAUUUGCGAUGUCGCGACUGACUCUCAGUAUCCCAGAAUAGUUUCACUGUCGUGCAGUCCUACCGGAGGAUCUUUUGUGUGUUCAGCGGCAGCAAGCAAGAAAUCUUUGACGUCAUCGUUGAGGUUAUCCCAGUCGUUUUCAAAGUACAGUGAAAUGUCCUCUCUGACGUCAAAUAGUGUAGGUGGCUGCGCGGGUGUGUUGCAGUGCUGGGAUAUGAAAGCCAUGAAGGUUGAGCGCCAGCUUCCCCUCGAUCCGGUGCCGACUUGUAUAAACUGCACGACGUUUAACCACAAUGGAACUCUUUGUAUAUCAGGGGGAGCGGAUGGCAUGAUACGGCUGUUUGAUAUGAGGUCUUAUGACUGUUUAAUCGGUUGGCAAGCUCAUGAAGGUGAAGUAUGUUCAAUGCAGUUAAGUGCGGACGAAACCACCGCUUACAGUAUGGGGACAGACGGAAAGUUCUCACAAUGGAGUUUACAUCGCAUGGGUCAAAAAAUAACUGACGUUGAUAUUCACGACGGGGCAGUGUGGUGCGAUGCAGACAAAUCCAGCGUCUUACAGAGCAAGUGCAAGUACAUGACUUCACCAUCAUCUUAUGGCAAGAUGUUUGCUUUUGAUUCUGAAGGACAAUAUCUUCUUUCCUGUGGACCGGAGUGUGGAGUGGUAUAUAAAGUCGAAAAGAACCAGGGUUUGAGUCCAGCGUUAACUUUACCAGCAGAGCAGAAGUCACCAGUUGUGAGCGUAGACUGGAGCUCCUCUAUGAGCUGCUACACAUGCCUUACUGGCUUCGUAGGUGGUUCAAUACAAGUCACAUCUUUGUUAAAACAGUAACGAUCAAUUUUAGCUUUAAAAUUAACGAACUGGUUUGUUACCUUUUUGAACAUGAUAGUCGACCCUUUAAUACCGCAUCCGUACAAAUGCAAGAUGGUGUCAAACUUACAAGGGACAUGACUCAAGUUAGGGGCGGACCAUUUAACUUUUGAGGAGUGGGGUGGGUGAUUUCUGGUCAUCAAGAAUUUUUUUUCUAGCAACUGCUG